AUGAAGCUGUCUGCUGUUACCCUCUUGGGUCUGAUUUCAGGUGCUUUCUCUGUUCCUGUUGCCGAGCCUGGCAGCGAGGUCUACUACCCUGAUUACAAGCCCGUAAAGAGCUGGGGAGAAUAUGGCGGGCCUGGAAAGCCCAAGCCUCACAAGCCAAAGCCAAAGCCUCAAUAUCCUCCUCCCAAGCCCCAUAAGCCUGAUUUCCCUGGGAAGCCUGACUAUCCCAAGCCAGGAAAGCCAGAUCAUCCAAGCAAGGCCCAUAAACCGUGGGAGAACAACCCUGAACAGCCUGGGAAACCUCAUUACCCGCCUCCUAAGCAUCCUAAGCCGAAACCUUACUAUCCUCCUCUUAAGCCGCACAAGCCUGAGCCUCAUUAUCCACCCAAGCCUCAUAAACCUGAUCACCCAGGCAAGCCUGACCACCCAGGUGGUAAGCCAGACCAUCCGGGCAAGCCUGGCCAUCCGGGAAAGCCUAAUCACCCAGGAAAACCUGAUCAUCCUGGCCCUGGUAAGCCUGGCUAUCCAGGACCUGGUAAACCUGACUAUCCUAAGCCUGGAAAACCUGAUCACCCAGGUAAGCCAGGCGGUCCAGGCAAGCCAGACGGUCCAAGCAAGCCUGAUGGACCUGGAAAACCCGAUGGACCUGGCAAGCCAGACUAUCCUCAACCAGGAAAGCCAGACGGUCCAGGCAAGCCUGAUAAAACUUCAACUUAG